GUCGGUGCCGCAUGCUACACGCAGCAGCUGGGAUUAUUGGAUGGUCUGUUUUUAGGAGGCCAUGACGCUUCGAAGCAACCACCGCUUACAUUCAAAUCAGGGUCGCGCUGGAUAUAAAAUGGUGGAGUCCGAUCAUGCGGAGUCCCUGAUGACGAUCUCCACCGUCUUAUCCUCAUACCCAGUGCCUAUUAUGGGUCUAACAAAGUUUUUCUCGCUGGCUACGUUAGCGCUGACUGCCGCCGCUGCUUCUUGGAAUGCGACUCCUUUCAAUCCCGCUUCUAUCCCGCUCGCAGUCCGGACGCCUUACCUGUCUGCAUGGCUGCCCCAAGGUGCUGGCACAGCGCUGAACGAAGCCUGGCCCCAGUUUUGGACUGGAUCGACUCUUGGAUGGGCUGGCUAUAUCAGAGUUGAUGGUACCACGUAUACCUUCUUGGGUGAUCCUGUUGUCGCAGGCGCUCGGCUUGCCGUCCAAAAGAGCCUAGAGUUCACUUCAACGCAGAGUAUUUUUGUGAUGACUGCCGGGCCUGUGGACCUAAAUGUGAACUUCCUAAGCCCUGUCGAGCCCACAGAUCUCCUCAAGCAAUCCAUCCCCUUCUCGUAUCUUGCACUGUCCGCAGUGUCUAAUGAUGGCGAGUCGCAUACCGUCAGUGUAUAUACCGACAUAAGCGCAGAAUGGGUAUCUGGAGAUGACUCUCUGACGGUCAACUGGACCACUACUACCGGGAACAUCUUGACUCAUCAAGUCAUGCUUGAGAACCAGGAGUUGUAUACCGAGUAUAGUGACCAUAUCCAACAGGGAGCAGCCUAUUAUUCUACACCGAAUUCGUCCUCUGUGACAUACCAAACUGGCCAAGACGCCAUUGUUCGAGCUCAAUUCAUCAACGACGGCGUUCUUUCCAAUAGUGAGGACAGCAACUUCCGUGCUGUCAGCGAUGAUUGGCCAGUAUUUGCUUUCGCUCACGACCUUGGCACGGUGUCGACCACUGCCACUGUCCCUGUGAUCUACACUGUGGGUCAUGUGAGAGAUCCGGCAAUUCAGUACAUCAUCGCGAAUGACGUCUACCAACCCCGAAGUGUUUACUUCUGGAGUGCUUAUUCAAGCGUCGCGGACUUGAUUUCUGAUUUUGUUGGGGACUAUUCUACUGCUUUGCGACGUGCGCAAGCGUUCGACCAGCAAGUCCAGAGCGACGCCUCGACCAUUUCAAGUAAUUAUGCUGCUGUCGUAGCGCUGUCGGUUCGUCAGGCCUUCGGAGCCUUGGAGCUCACAUUGUCGAAGAACAGUGAUGGAAGUUGGAACACAGAUGAUAUCCUGAUGUUCUUGAAGGAGAUCUCUAGCGAUGGUAAUGUGAAUACCGUGGAUGUCAUCAUGCCUGCGUGGCCUAUUCUCUUGUACACCAAUCCCAUACUCGGAAAAUACCUCCUGCUCGGCCUCCUAGAGUACCAGGCUACCGGACAAUAUCCCAACGCUUGGGCUGCCCAUGAUCUUGGUUCAUCUUACCCCAAUGCUACUGGCCACAAUGCUGGUAACGAUGAAGCAAUGCCUCUCGAAGAGUGCGGAAACAUGCUCAUUAUGGCUUUGAGUUACACUCAAAAGUCUCAUGACACUUCCUUGAUCGCACAAUAUACGGAACUUCUCAACCAAUGGACCGGAUACCUCGUCGCAGAAGCCCUCAUUCCCGCAAAUCAGAUCAGCACAGACGAUUUUGCGGGGGCUCUUCCCAACCAAACCAACCUAGCCAUCAAGGGUGUGAUAGGCAUCCAGGCUAUGUCUGUAAUUUCGGGCAUGUUGGGCGACACUGCCAAUCAACGGAACUACAGCUCAAUCGUACAGAGCUAUGUUCCGCAAAUACUUGAUUAUGCUACCUCGAGCGAUGGGCUGCAUCUCACCUUGAAUUACGGAAAUGAAAGCUCGUGGGGCUUGUCUUACAACCUGUUUGCAGAUAAGUUACUUCGCACCAAUGUUUUCCCAGAGUCUGUCUACGACAUGCAAACCGCGUGGUAUAGCACUGUCGUCAACGCUUACGGCGUCCCUUUGGACACUCGCCACACCUACACUAAGUCCGACUGGGAGUUAUGGACUGCUGCCAUUAUGACGAACACGACGACGCGAGACAUGUUCAUCGACUCUGUCUACAAGUAUGCUGCCGACGGUGAAAGUAAUCAGCCAUUGGGAGACUGGUAUGAGACGCUUGAUGGCACUGUGGAUGGAUUUAGGGCCCGCCCGGUCGUUGGUGGUCAUUUGGCUUUGCUUGCUUUGUGAACUGUCGAUUUAUUGCACAACGAUUCGAGACGUAGCUGUUGUGAUUUCACCAAGCGUCAGGAAUCUACGGUGUUCGAGUUGUUUUUGGGAGAGUGACAUCAUGACAAAGGCUUGACACAAGACAAUGGCCACGCCCAAUGAUCAGGCGAACUGUUGAGCACUCAAAUAAUCGCUACACGCGUGAUAACAUUUAGCUCAAAUGUGUACUCAGCACGAACCUUUGUCGUGAAUUCAGGUCAGACAAAGAAUGUAAGUGACUAAGCAUUACCUGAGUUUGAAUCAGCUUUUAUCAAGU